AUGUCCGACAAAGAAGAAUAUACAACUGAAAUUUGCCAUACUUUAACUGCCAAUUCUGCCAGCAAAUGUUUAAUCACCGGUGAUGGUAAUGAAUUCGUCAUAUUGGGAAAUCAAAAAUACUACAGACAUGAAUUAAUGCAUGCAUUGAGUGGGUUAGCACCAGUGCCCACUAAAACUACAAAAUAUGGACAAGCUGAAUGUUUGGGUUUAUUCAGUACAUCCUUUAACGUCCUAAUAUUGGGAACGUAUUUGGCUUGUGAAAUGAGUUUUACGAAUUUGGCUGUAUGUGGGUACUAUUUUAUUGGCGGGUUAUUGCAAUUUUUAUCGGGGUGUUGGUGUUUUGUAACUGGUAAUACAUUUGGAUAUACUGCAUUUUGCAGUUUUGGUGCGUUUUGGUUAACCUUUGGGGCAAUUUACACCCCUGGAUUUGGUAUUUUGGAAGCAUAUAAAGAUCAUCCCGAGCAAUUGUAUCAAGGAGUGGGGUUUCUAUUACUUGGGUAUGCUAUAUUGACCACUGGAUUAUUAAGUUUCACAUUCAAGACUACAUACACAUUUAUUUUCUUUAUUUUCACCUUAGAUUUAACGGUGACUGUACUUUCAAUUGCAUAUUUCACUAAUAGUGCUCCAUUGUUCCGUGCUGGCGGUAUAAUUGGUAUGAUUAAUGGGAUUUCUGGGUGGUAUGAAACUUUUCUUCUUAUGUCCAAUCCUCAAAAUACAUAUUGGGUACCAAGGCAAUUACCUGUUCCUGUGAAAAAGCUGCAAUAA